AUGACCACCAUUACCGACGAUCAGCUAUUCAAGAACGCCGCGCGCGCCAAGGGUCGCGUCGUUGUGAUUACUGGCGGCGCGAAUGGCAUUGGGAAAGAAACCGCAUUGACGUUUGGGAAGCAUGGUGCGAAAGUGGUAGUGGGAGAUCUGGACAUAUCCGGAGGGAAGGCCGUCGUUGCCGAAAUCAAGAAGCAGGGCGGCGAUGCGGUCUUCUCGCGUUGCGAUGUGCUGAAUUGGGAAAACCAAGUCGCGCUGUUUGAUUUGGCCAUCUCGAGCUUCGGCUCUGUGGACAUAGUGUGCGCCAUCGCAGGUCUGACUGAGAUCGGGAACACCGCCCAAGGCUCGUUGACCUUCGAGAAUGGGAAACCCCAGCCACCACCAUUGAAGACCCUGCAAGUGAACCUCGUCGGAGUAUUCUACACUUGUCAUCUUGCCGCAUACCAUCUACAACAGCACAGGACAGCCGACGAUUGCAAAGCUCUUAUUCUGAUGGGCUCAAUGUCAUCGUGGCAAUCCAUUCCCAAAGGACCAGAGUACAGUGCAUCAAAGCACGGCGUCCUUGGCCUGAUGCGUAGCCUGAACCAGACUCUGUCGCCCGAGCGUAUCCGCACAGCAGUCAUACAUCCGUGGUUUGCCGACACUGCCAUCGUACCUACUAUCGUGAAGGUGGCUCUAGCAGGCAUACCUUUGACACCGGUAUCUCGCAUUGCUGGCGCUGUAUUCUACUCAGCGUUGGAUACCGACGCGUCUAGUGACGGUUGUCCAUGGCUAUUACCUGACGAGGGCCCUGUCUUCCUUCUACCCCAGGACAAGCUCACGACGGGCGUGUAUGGUCUGAUCAACGCUCGUGCUGACCGUGCCAAGGGGCUCGUGCAGGGCGUGAAGCUGACCGCAGCAUUCUUCCGGGACAUCGCUCGUAUUAUUGGGCCCAUACGAUUGCUGAUUGCUGUGGCGGCGGCAGCUAGUGUUGCCUAUACUCGUGCUUAG